AUGGAAGUCCACUUUGGCACUCGAGGUUGCGCCGGCAACAGUAGCACCAUGGAGUUUCAGCUGCCGCUAUCCCAUCAGGACUCCAAUUGGACACCUGGCUUGGUGUUUGCGGGGUUCGUAAUCACCUUGGGAGUGGCUGUACCAGCUGGAUUUCAGGGAAGCAUCAUCAAUGCACCGGCUGAGUACAUCCAAGCAUGGUGUCGAGCCGUGAUCUCGACCCGAUUUGGGAUCUGGCUUUCGGACGAAGAGUUGAAUCUGCUGUGGGCUUCCAUCGUAACGGUGGCGAUUUUAUUCGGAGUCUUCAUCAGCAUCUUUGGAGGGAUUCUAACCUGCAAGUUUGGAAGGAAGAAGUCCUUCCUCAUUUGCGGGAUCGUACUGGCUCUAGUCGCCCCUUGCUUCCUGCUUUGCCGCACGACCUCCUCGAUCGAGUUGCUCUUUUUGGGGCGCGCAAUAGCCGGGUCCGGUCUUGGACUGGCAAUCGCUGUGCUGCCACUGUAUUUGACCGAACUGUCACCGUUGAAGCUGCGUGGCGCGGUCGGAGUUCUGGUUCCGAUCGGGAUAACGGCGGGUGUUGUGCUAGGGCAGGUCGUCGGACUAGAUCAAGUGCUAGGGGAUGAGGAUAGCUGGCAAUACGCGUUGAGUUGCUACGCGUUGAUGCUCGUGUUGUGCUUCGUUCCGUACUGUUGGCUGCCGGAAAGUCCCGAAUACCUGUUUAAGGUGAAGAAUGAUCCGGAAGGCGCGGUAGAAGCGAUUCGGAAGAUAUUUGGACAACAUUCAGGGGGACGAUUACUUCAAGUGAAGGUAGAUCAUGUUGAUUGCGAGAAGACGAAAUCGAUGUCCUUGCUGGCUGUUCUUAAUGAUCCAAGCUUGAGACUUCCACUGGUACUGCUUUGCUGCAUGUCUGCUGGGAACGGAUUCUCCGGAAUCAACGCGAUAUUCUUCUACUCGGUAUCGACGCUGGAGCGCAUCGGACUGCCCGCCAAUGAAGCUAAACUCGUUAGCGUUGGCUUGGGCUGUGUUAAUCUUGUAUGUUCCGCUUGCGGACCGUACCUCAUGGCUCGCUUCAACCGGCGACCUCUCAUGUUGAUCUCGUGUACUGCGUGUAGCAUAACGCUACUGCUAGUAACGUUGAUGAUCAUUUUCGUGGAAUCCGUAACCUGGUUCGCGGAAGCAUCCAUAGCAGCGAUGCUCCUGUUCAUAAUUGCCUUCCAAAUCGGGGUUGGACAAAUCCCGUUCUUCAUUGGAUCGGAACUGUUCAACCUGGACGCUCGCUCUUCGGCGAUAGCUUUGGGAAGUUUAGGUGCCGGAAUGUCCAACCUCAUCAUCAGUAUGGUGUUCCCGAUCAUGCAGCACGCUUGGGGAGCGUAUGCGUUUCUUCCGUUUUCCGUUUACUGUGUCAUGCUGGCAGCACUGGUCAAGAGGUUCCUUCCGGAGACGCGAGGACGUUCCGUUGGAGAUGUGGCUCGGCUGAUGGCCAACGGGUUUCGAAAAUUUGACAAUCCUCAACCUUGA